UCGGCCUGCCGAAGUGCUGGGAUUACGGGUGUGAGCCCCUGCUCCUGGCCAAUUUAUUUAUGUAGUGAAGGAUAAUUUCUUAACAUUUUUACAGUACUGUUAUUUUGAUUCCUUUUGGAGUUCAGCGGCCUGAGUCUGUCAGUGUUAGGAUUUUGCUAUGUCUGGUCUCACAUGCUGUUAGGUGAUCUUGCCAUGUGGGAUAGGUGGCAGAAGAAGGAAGAUGGAUUCCUGGAGACCCAAGGGCAACUGCUGGGGGACUGGCUGAUCCUGAUUAGCAUCUCAUCUGGAUCCAUGAAGCUAAGCAGCAGCUGAGAGAGUGGACAGAGAGCCAGACUUACGACCUAUGUGAAUCCAGCCAUUCAGGUUCUUAGUCAUUCAUCAAGAAGACAGACUGAGGCAUGGUGUCCAUAGAUUCCGUGCACCCCAAGCUCUGAGAAUUUGGAGCAAGAAUGGGGGAGUGCCUUGACUUUCAUUCGUUUGAUGUGGCCAGUUGUAAAGGAAGGACUUUGGUCUGGGGGAGACAACACUGGGGAUCUUGUUUUGGUUCUGUGUCUAACUCUCAUUGUGAAUUUGGACUUUUGCUUCUCCUCAGUGGUUUUCUGUUUCCUCAUCUACAAAAUGAGGGUGUUGACAUAGACGCUAAGGACAUCUAGCUUAGGCAUGCUGUAAUCCUGUAACUUCCAGCAUUUUUGGGGGUACCCACUGUGCGUCUAGUUUUAGGCUAGGUGUGUGGGAAGUCCUAACUUAACACAAAAUCAGUCAAGGGGAUAGUGCAGGCAGUUGGAAUGUAGGGCUGGUGAGUGGUGCUGUGUGUUGUUGGGGGAUCAGAGGGCCAGUAGGGUCAGGAAAGCCUUCCUGGAGUAUUGAAGACCCCAGAGGAUGGGAAAUUCGAACUUGAGUUCUGAAGGAUGAAGUAGAAAUGAAAAGGAGAGUGACCUUGUGAGCCCCAUGAGAGCAGGAAAUGUAUCUUCUCUUUUUUUUCAGGUUAUACCAGCAACUUUCCCUAAUACCUAGACAUCAUUUGCGCAUCACAGUGUCUGGAACUUAGUAGGUGCUCAGUAAAUGUGUGAGACUUGGAUUAUAUUCCAUGCAAAGGCUUCAGGGAAUGGAAAUGAGAGUUUCAGGGCACCAUGGUGUGAGCAGGGGCUUUCUGAGUGGCCAGCUUGGUUGGAAGAUAAGGUCUUUGGAAUUAGAUGAGAGCAGAUGGAGUGGGGCCUGGAUGCCAGUCAGGGGUGGGGUGGGUGAAGGUGUUGGAAUUUCUUCUGUAGGCAGUGAAGAGUCAUGGAAGGUUCAUGAGCAGGGAAUGUUCUGAGUCCAGUGUAUUUGGUGAGGACUUGCCUAAGAAGUUCCUGAGGGUUCCAAACUGGACUUUGUGGCCUAUGAACUCCAGCAAGAAUACCAGGCUCUAUGUAUAAUAGAUAAUGGUCAAAGCCCUGACCAGUUCCUGCUGGAACUGACUUGCCAGCUACCCUGUCCCCCUGAAUUAGAGUUUUGACCCUCAGCGCAGCAUGGUAGAAACUGAACCCCUUUAGAAGCAAGGAGGCCCUGGUUCUUAGCUCAUUCCUCACUCUGUAACCUUGUAGAAGCCACAUUUUUUUCUGCAGAGUGAGGGGACAGUGGAUACAGCCAUCUCCAAGGAAUUCUUGAUCCCCUCCCAGCUGGUGGCUGGCUGAGCCAUGCUUGGGUAUGUGCUUUGGGUACAUCUGGUGAGGUAAGUAGAAAGGACCUGUCAGGCAUCAGUGUCUGAAUCACAGGACUGGCUUUCAUAUGCAUGAUAAGGUGUAUUGUACAGAUAAGGAAACUCAGGCUCAGGAGGUUAGAUAAGUGUGCUAGGUCAUACAGCAAAUACGUGACAGAGCCGGCCUAGACCCCAGGUCUGACUGUCUCCAGAUCCUGCUCUUUCACUCCACUCCAGUGCAUUUGCUCAUGGGUGAGUCUGUUGGCUGGACUGAGAUUUCCCUGAGUCAGGGCUGGCUAUGAGUCCGUCCAGUGCCCAGCAGUGUAGCUCACAACCAGGCUGGGCACAGAGGGUUCCAUGUACCUGAUAUUGAGCUGUUUGUGCCUCUCCUGUUGACUUUUGAGUUUUUCAGAGUCAGUCCAAUUUUCUUUAUGGCCACAAGGUGGUGGCAACAGCCUGCAGGCUGCCCACACCAGGCCAGACUGACUUAGCUAGCAUUGCUUUUCUUCUAGGCUUGGUGUUUCCUAACCAGAAUCUCUGCUUUGGGUCUCCCUUCCCUGUGCUUAGCACUGGGGAGUUUGCAGACGUCUCAACCGUAAUUUCAUCUCCUUGACAUCCUUGUGAAGCUGGCAGGGCAAGGAGUUUUGUCUGUGUUUUACAGUCAGAGAAGCUGUGGUUGAGAGGGAGAGGAGCUGUCAUGGUCACGUGAUGCAGCCCUGUUGGAAGCUGCCCGUGCCAACAAUGUGCAAGAAGUCACCAGGCUGUUGUCAGAAGGUGCGGAUGUCAAUGCAAAGCACAGACUUGGCUGGACAGCACUCAUGGUGGCAGCCAUCAACCGAAACAACAGUGUGGUCCAGGUCCUGCUUGCUGCCGGGGCUGAUCCAAACCUUGGAGAUGAUUUCAGCAGUGUUUACAAGACUGCCAAGGAACAGGGAAUCCAUUCUUUGGAAGAUGGGCGACAGGACGGUGCAAGCCGGCACAUCACAAACCAGUGGACAAGUGCCCUGGAGUUCAGGAGAUGGCUAGGACUCCCUGCUGGCGUCCUGAUCACCCGAGAGGAUGACUUCAACAACCGGCUGAACAACCGCGCCAGUUUCAAGGGCUGCACGGCCUUGCACUAUGCUGUCCUUGCUGAUGACUACCGCACUGUCAAGGAGCUGCUUGAUGGAGGAGCCAACCCCCUGCAGAGGAAUGAAAUGGGACACACGCCCUUGGAUUAUGCCCGAGAAGGGGAAGUGAUGAAGCUUCUGAGGACUUCUGAAGCCAAGUACCAGGAGAAGCAGCGGAAGCGUGAGGCCGAGGAGCGGCGCCGCUUCCCCCUGGAACAGCGGCUGAAGGAGCACAUCAUUGGCCAGGAGAGCGCCAUCGCCACAGUGGGUGCUGCGAUCCGGAGGAAGGAGAAUGGCUGGUACGAUGAAGAACACCCUCUGGUUUUCCUCUUCUUGGGAUCAUCUGGAAUAGGAAAAACAGAGCUGGCCAAGCAGACAGCCAAAUACAUGCACAAAGAUGCUAAAAAGGGCUUCAUCAGGCUGGACAUGUCCGAGUUCCAGGAGCGACACGAGGUGGCCAAGUUUAUCGGGUCCCCACCAGGCUACGUUGGCCAUGAGGAGGGUGGUCAGCUGACCAAGAAGUUGAAGCAGUGCCCCAAUGCCGUGGUGCUCUUUGAUGAAGUAGACAAAGCCCAUCCAGAUGUGCUCACCAUCAUGCUGCAGCUGUUUGAUGAGGGCCGGCUGACAGAUGGAAAAGGGAAGACCAUUGAUUGCAAGGACGCCAUCUUCAUCAUGACCUCCAAUGUGGCCAGUGAUGAGAUCGCACAGCACGCACUGCAGCUGAGGCAGGAAGCUUUGGAGAUGAGCCGUAACCGUAUUGCCGAAAACCUGGGGGAUGUCCAGAUAAGUGACAAGAUCACCAUCUCAAAGAACUUCAAGGAGAAUGUGAUUCGCCCUAUCCUGAAAGCUCACUUCCGGAGGGAUGAGUUUCUGGGACGGAUCAAUGAGAUCGUCUACUUCCUCCCCUUCUGCCACUCGGAGCUCAUCCAACUCGUCAACAAGGAACUAAACUUCUGGGCCAAGAGAGCCAAGCAAAGGCACAACAUCACGCUGCUCUGGGACCGCGAGGUGGCAGACGUGCUGGUCGACGGCUACAAUGUGCACUAUGGUGCCCGCUCCAUCAAACAUGAGGUAGAGCGCCGUGUGGUGAACCAGCUGGCAGCAGCCUACGAGCAGGAUCUGCUACCAGGGGGCUGUACUCUGCGCAUCACAGUGGAGGACUCAGACAAGCAGCUACUCAAGAGCCCAGAACUGCCCUCGCCCCAGACUGAGAAGCGCCUCCCCAAGCUGCGUCUGGAGAUCAUCGACAAGGACAGCAAGACUCGCAAACUGGACAUCCGGGCACCACUGCACCCUGAGAAGGUGUGCAACACCAUCUAGCAGCCACCUGCCUGCUCCUGUGUGCCCUCACCAUCCAAUAAAGGCCCCUUGGCUGUGGCAUGGCGACUGACUUAUCUUCCCCUCAUACCUCUCCCGUCUCUACCCAGUCUCACACCUGCUUACCUCCUCAUAGCCCGUGAAGACCCCUUCUCAGCUCCAAAACCUGAAGGAGGAAUUUCGCCCAACUCUGGCCCCUUUGUUAUGGACCCAUAACCUGCUAACAAGCCUUCAGGAGAGGAGCUGCCUUUCCACCCCCUUCAAGGCAAGGAGGGAUGGUGUUCCCUUAUUUCCUUCAGAAUGAUCCCCAUCCCCCAUAGUCGCCGGACUUUCUCAUAUACCCAGGAAGCUCAGAAGUAUGGCAGCUAAGAAAACAGCUGGCUGGAAGAAGACAGGGACCAGACUGAACUGCCACCCUCUGCCAGUCCUCAUGCAACUCAGUCCCCAGAACUUCUCCCCUGGGAGUGGAGGAGGAGCUCAGAGGCCCAAGCAGAGAUGGUUCUGCAGUUUAGUGUGUAGCCUCCUUGUUCCAUAUCCUAAAAUUCUAAGGGGAAGGGACCCAUAGAAGCUUGCCUGUUUCUGCUACUAUAUUAUACCCCCUAUUCCUCCCCACCCCAUGUCUUGGGGUCAAGCCAGACCCAUGUUUCUUCAGCCUUGGGGACUAGGCCAGUGUUGGGCACCUCCAGGAGGAGGCGUGACUGGUUCCUUACCCUCCUCUACUUGGGCUGAGCAGUAGUCCUCCAGAUAACCAAGGAAGCUCAGCUCUGUGGGGGCCUCCUUCAAAAGACUGACAUGGCAGACAUUAGGAAGCAUAGGGAGAGAAAUUAUGGGUUUGGCCUCUGCACAUGUGGCCAUGGAGUCGGCCUCAGCCCUGUCUGUACUGCUCUUCUAGCUAAACGAGCCUGGAAUAAACAUGCAGUUUAUUCUGUC